GUACAGAUUCACUUCCGAUUGUACGAAGACCAGGGAAAGCUCUUCAUCAGCCACCUGGUUCCGGAGAGGGAGCGCCUUGAGUCUUUGCUCUUCAAGCUACAACCGACAAGGUCUGCGGUCGGGGAGGCAAUGGCCUUCUGCAUGGAGCAAGCCUCGGUGCACGGUGCCAUGCUGGCGCACGUCCUGGUGGCUUCGCUGACGCUGCCAGGCCUGGCCCCUGCCUCCGUCUUGGCACGUCUCUUCCUGAUCAGUGAUGUUCUCUUCAACUCCAGGUGCUCGGCCAAAGGUGCCGCCAGAUACCGCUCUCUUUUCGAGGAGUUGUUGCCAGAUGCAUUCGAGAAAGUGGGGCAGUGGCUGCCGGGUCAGGAAGCGGCUGAGGCAUCUUCACGCAGCAUGUUGGAUGCUUGGAGGACAUGGGAAGUGUUUCCCUCCGUCUUCUUGGAUGGCUUGGAGGCCUUGCUCCUCUCAGCAAUACCUCCAUCCUUGGAGGCCUGUCUUGCUGCAGAGGCAGAGGGCCUACUACGGCAGAAGCUGGAGCGAUGGGCCUCAGCGGAAAUUUCACCGACAGAGGUGCGGCAAGGCGCUCGGUGCCGUGGUCUUGCAAACGCGCAGCUGCCGGUGGCCCGCUGCCGACUGCGGCUUUGCCACUGCGAGCGCUAUUGGCAUGGACGCAUACAGGUGCCGGAUCUCCAGGAGGCCGAGGAGGUGCAAGAGGCCUCCCCGGAGUUGAUGGACGUGGAUGAUGCGUGCAGCAUUGACGGCGACCCGGCGGAGGGCGAAGAGGUCGUUCAGGCCGCGAGCCAGUGGCCCGUGCUUGGACUCACCGAGUGGCCCCUGGGCAUUGGCAUGGACCCAGGUGCUCUGCCAGAUAUCUUUGAGCCCAAGUCCUUGACAAGCGGCACCUGCAAAGUCAAAAAGCAUUCGGAUUCUUGA